UGUCAGUCAGUGCCGGGAAACAGUCAAGUUAAGUACAUUCAACCAAAAUUGAGUUCUGUGCAAACAUUCAAGUUUUUUUUGUGAUUUGUACUUUAUUUAUCACACGUUACCCAUCGCAGUGUGAUUGACAUUAUGGGGAUGACAGGAAUGUUUAAGUGGCUUCGAAAAGACGCACUUCACCGUGGUCGAAGUCGUCAGAGCUUACCGCCGAAUCUAAGUUUUAAUAAUGAUUCAUAUCGUUCCGCCCUACAAGAAUUUCUUGCACGACGAAAAAAUCCAGACGAUCCAGGAUAUAUCACAUCCCCCAACACCACCAUCUCAUCAGGCUAUGAGUUUUUAUCGAAAAAUGAGUCGGAAAUUGACAUCAGUAAUCUAACUGUAAACCAGUCGAUUAGAGAAAAAGUUGAUAACUACAGUAUUUCAAUUCCUGGGAUUCCUCAUGCUCAACUGGCCGAUUUAUUUGAAAUUGGUUGGAUCUCGGGGACAGAAGAUCGUAAUAUUGAGGUUAUUUAUGCAGAAUGGCAAAAUAUUAGAGUAUCACUCAGAAGAAAUGUCCAUAAGGACUGUUUAGGUGCAAUUGAUCGUGAUAUUGUAAUUUUAUCACAAAUACGACAUCAAAAUAUAAUGAUACUCAUGGGUACUACUCAAACAGUUGAUAAUCAUCUCGUAGCAAUCUGUGAACCAGUAGAUUGUACCCUUUACCACUUUGUCCAUGAACAAAACGAGAAACUUUCAGUUCAAAGUGUUGCCAAAAAUUCAGGAAGUUUAGCAUCGGCCCUACAGUACGCUCACAUGCGAGGGUAUAUACAUUCUGCUGUUAAUCCACAUUGUGUUUUUCUAACAAUCAGUGGAAUUGUAAAAUUGGGUGGCUGGGAACUGGCUAUUGAAAAUGACAAAACAUUUCCGGAAGAACAAAGUUACGAAGAUUGUGUACGAUCAGAAAUCUUCCAAUGGCAAGCACCAGAACUUUUUAAAGGCCAAAGACCAACGAUAGCAACAGAUGUUUUUGGAUUAGCAUUACUCACAUGGGAACUGUGUACCGGUGUAAUACCUUGGGCUGAUUUGAGCAAAGAAGAUGUUGAAAAGCAAUAUUUGCAAUUAGGACAAGGUGUUUCAAUUAAGGCUUAUAAUUUCCCUAGACUAUUAAAAACAUUUUUGGAAUCUGGAUUACAACUUGAUGCUAGAAGGAGAUCUUUAGACAUGAUGAACAUCUCACGUUAUUUCCAACGACUUGAGUUGCAAUAUGAAAAUAAGGAAUUAUUUUACAUAGAUCAACAGUCAAUUAAUGGAAAUGAUACUUAUAAUAAUUCUAGAUUAAGUAUCAACUCUGCACCAUUAAUAAGUCGCGGUAAUUUAUCUCAGCUAUUUGGAUCUAAUGAACAAUUUUCUUCGAGGGAAAAUAUUCAGCCAUCUCCCAUCAAACGAAUUCCAUCUGAAAGAAAAAAUAUUGAACCACGAAAAUUAUUUCCUCGAAUUAUUUCGAUGAAUCGUAGUCUUGAUAUUGAUCAUAUGCGUAAUAUUGGUCUGAUUAGAGAAAAUGCUAAUAACAAUCGUAAUGAAAAAUUGAAUCAAAAUUUAUCUCACAGAUCAUCAUCUCCUAAAGACCAUGAUACAGAAAGAAAAGACUCGUCAAGUCGAACAGAAAGUUCAGUGAUACAAGAAGACACUAGUAAUACACGAAUAGAUAUACAAAAUUUAAAAGAAAUCUUAGCAAAUAGAAGACGAAGUUUCUUCAGUAGUAAUACUACCGUUCACAACUCUUCUGAACAUGAUGGACUCGAUAAAUCAUCCAUUUCAGGAGAUAAAUUUAAUAAAUCAUCAAUUUCAGGAGAUAAAUUUGAUAAAUCAUCAAUUUCAGGAGAUAAAUUUGAUAAAUCAUCAAUUUCAGGAGAUAAAUUUGAUAAAUCAUCAAUUUUAGAAGAUAAACUUAACAAAUCAUCACUUUUGGAAGAUAGAACCAAUAAAUCUUCAUUUUUAGAAGAUAGACUUGAUAAAUCUUCACUUUUAGAAGAAAUUAAAAGUAGAGAUUACAAACCACAUAAACCUGCAAGUCAUAAAACAAGUAUUGAACCAAAAUUAAAUACAUCAUUACAUAAACACUAUUCAACUUUUAUAAAGUCAACUCAGCCAAAAUCUUCGAAAUUACCAUACUCUUAUGUACCAGGAUCAGUAAGAGAUGCAGUAAUUCAACCACAGGUUUUAAAUACUAGCUCGCAAAGUUUCUUUGAAACUUCAUUGUGGAGUAAAGAAAAGUCAUUGUAUUUAUCAAAAUCACGAAAUCAUGAUUCAAUGCUGUCAGAAAAUAAAUCGAGUAUAUCUCCAGAUAGUGAUCAAACUUACACUAUUAAAUCAUCAAUUGAACAAGUACGUCAUGAGAAUUUAAAUCGUACAUCAGGUGCUGAAUUAAAUACUGAUAAAGUAGUUAUGAAGAGCAUGACUAAAAGUACAUCACUUCAAGCAUUGAAAGAUACUCUUGAACGAGUCACUAAUCUUGUCAAGUUAAAUAGCUCAAAUACUGUUGGUAAAAUAAACGAUUCUAACAAGUGUAAUAGCAUUAAUGUAAAUAUUUCAAAGAGAAAUGAAUCAUCAUCUCUUGAAGAAUCAUUCAAUUUGAAUGAAAAAGUUGACGAAAAAAUUCAGACAAUUGAAAGAUCAUCGAGUCAACGUUAUUUUACAGUCAAUUUAAGAAAAACUUUUAAAGAUAAUGAAAGAAAAUCGCCAAUCAAUGGAGGAAAGUUAACAUAUAUUUCGAUUUCUUCUAAGAAACAUUCUUCACCAGAAAGACCACGGCCAACGUCGGUUGAAUUAAAAACCGCCCUAGAAUGUGGUCUCCCUAUUAUUCGAAACAAAGAAGAAUAUAAUGUAAUUGAACGAAGAUAUAAAACUAAAACAUUGGACACUCCAAGCAAUACUUCUUCAAAAUGUACAAUGGAUGUUGAAAAUGAUAGAAAGUUUGAUUUGCUGAAUACCAAUAAUAAAAUUGACGAAAAUAAGUUCGGGUUACAUUCGGAAAUAAUUUUAGCCCGACGACGAUCACUUCCUCCAAAUUUAGGGGAACUUAAAAGAGCUAGUAGUGACUUUGUUAUUAAUCGAGCUAAUAAAGAUGCAAAUUUAAAUGACAGCGUCUUGGAAGACUUUUACAUAGAUGACGAAUUCAAUGAAAAUAAUUUAGCGCCAAAUAUGAUUCUACUGGAUGCAGACUCAACAGCAGGAAGCCAUGAUAUUUUUUCUGAUUUACCAGAAAAUUACUUUGGAACUUUAUAAGUGUAACAAUUUUAACAUAUUGUAAGUUUUUAAAUUAGUGUUAUAUUUGAAAGGAUAAUCAAAUAUAAUUUAUACAUUAUUAUGAAAAUAAUAUGUACAAGUAACUUAUUAUUUAAUUAAUUAUAUGUUUUUACUCAAUAUUAUAAAUA